AUGAAUGCAGUUUUUAAGGAAUGGUGUACUGAAAAGGGUUACAGGGCAGCUUCUAGAAAGACAUUUUCGAAGGUGUUAAAAGAAGAAAAUAUUGGCAUUCACCAUCCGCGUAAAGACCAGUGUGAUACGUGUUGUAGCUAUAAAACGGGCAAUAUUUCUCAAGAAGAAUACGAUAGGCACAUAGCGAAGAAAGAAGAAGCUCGUCAAGCCAAACAGAAUGCCAUAGCUAGUGCGAACGAGAAAACUGUGGUUAUAACAGUCGAUGUUCAAAGUGUUUUGCUUGCCCCAAAGCUAUUUGCAAGUACCCUGUACUAUAAAUUGAAGUUACAAUGCCAUAACUUCACUGUUUAUGAGGUUUUAUCCAAAAAUGUAACAAUUUACUUCUGGCACGAAGCAGACGGUAAUGUAACUGCUAAUGAAUUUACAUCUUGUUUAAUAGAUUACUGUCAAAAUUUACCAACUACGAUUGAGCGCAUUAUUAUUAUUUCUGAUGGAUGUGGACAUCAGAACAGGAACCGAAUUUUGACGAGUGCCCUAAGUGAUUUGGCGCAACGAAGGCAAUUGAAUAUCGAACAACUCUAUUUAGAGAAAGGACACACCAUGAUGGAGGUGGACAGUGUUCACUCCACUAUGGAGCAAUACAUAAAACCACCAAUAUACGCUCUCAGCGACUACUUAACCCGGAUAAGACAAGCUCGACCACACAAACCCUACGAUGUCAAAUCGAUUCAUUACGAUUUUUUCUAA